CCGCUUAGCCACCAGCGCGCCGAGAGACAGUUCAUUGUAGAGGUGGAUGUAUCGGUAUACCGGGAUACCAAGCUUAAAAGCAGCAAGAAAUCACACUGACUCCAGCUAGAGCCAGGUCUGUUGCACAUUAAACUAGAUCAACAGGCUCAACUGAAUACUUGUUCUAUGGAACUUGUUCAGACACAACAAAAGUUUCAGGAGUGGCAGGAGAAUACCUACCUGAAAGGUACUUACUGUAAAAGAACAAAGAAGUAGGGCUUGCAUUUCUACUGAACAUCAUCACAGGCAGACUCUCCAGACAAAGCCAGUCAUGGCCAUUGGUUCCAUCACAAAGUCCAUUGUGUCCAUAGCUUCUGAGAUCUACAAAGUAGUUCAGAAAGUGAAGAUCAAUAAGAAAACCUGUGAACGUCUUCGAGAUCGAGUAAAAGCCUUGGAGGGGCUGGUGAGUUCGAUCGAAUCAAUGGAGGCAGCCCAGCAUUCUGCAGAGGUCAAGAAAUCCCUUGAGGAACUAAAUACCACCCUUAACUCAGCUUUUAAAGUAAUGGAGAUUUUCACCAGGACACACUGGUUUAAGUCCCUCAUAAAGAUCAGGAGCUACGAAGAGGAUUUUAAAUUGGUGAAUGAUCGCCUCCAUGACAAUAUGCAAAACCUGACCACAGCUCUGGAGUUAAAGCAAACCCAUGACAUUGUCGAGUUGGUGAAGCAGGCCUUCAGGCAGAGGGACGACGAAGAGGACAGGAAGGAGGAUGCCAAAGAACUGAAAAGAAUGCUCUUGGAGUACAGAGACUAUGUGGAGGCCAUGCAAAGCGAUCUGGAAGAUGUCAAAAACAAUUUAGCAGAAGUCAUGGAGACAUUGGACAAGCCCAAAAUCAUCAUGGACAUCUGUCCAAUUCAAGAAAGUGAACUCUGUAUCCCAGACUUUCCAAACGAAGGCGAUGAGACAGACCAAGCCCUACAGGUCUACAAAGGACAAUUUAAGGGCUUCGAAGUGGCCGUCAAGAUAUUCGCCAGUUUGAACGUCCCACCAGAGAAGAUAAAAUCUGAGUUCCAAAAAGAAGUUCAAACCAUGAAACAGUUUGAAUCCCCGAACAUCGUGCGGAUGUUUGGCAUUUGCAUCCUGAAUGAGAAGACUCCAAAUCCUAAGUACCUCAUUGUUAUGGAGUACUGUGAGAAAGGAAGUCUUCAAGAAGUUCUGAGCUCUAGAUGUGACCUGUCCUGGACCAGGAAAGUUUCCAUGUGCCGGGAUGCAGCGCAGGGUGUUUACCGACUGCAUCAGACAGAGCGGAAUAGUAAACUUCACACAAACAUAUCCAGCAACAAGUUUCUUGUGGACCAGAACUACGGAGUCAAGCUGGGCGGUUUAGAACUGGCCCAAACAGAGACAUCGAUGAAAAAGGCAGCAGUCAAUAGACGUAAGGACAAAGACUUCAUUUCACUGCUCUACUCCUCUCCUCAGGAGCUUGACAGCAUCAGCCACUACUGCAGAAAGUGUGACAUAUACAGCUUGGGAAUCGUAAUGUGGGAAAUUGCAACUCGUAGGAUGCCUUUUUCAGAUUGUCAUGGUGAUAAGGAUAGUCUUCAUAAAAAAGUGGUAGCAGAGAAAUAUCGAGAGCCCCUUCCCCAAGAAUGCCCUGAAACCCUGGCAGAGCUGAUCAAUUCCUGUAGAGCCUAUGAGUGCAUCCAAAGGCCAUCUGCUGGAGAGUUGGUGGAUAAACUGCGAUACUUGUUGAUUGAAUUAGAGCAGCAGUGAAGCUCCACCAAAAUCCUCCUGCUGGUCCAAGCACCUUCAGUGGAAGAUUGAAAGUCGUCAGUCAAAGUUUUCUGUUACAAAUUAAUAUCCACCGCUAAAAAACAAGAAUUUGUCGUUUGGAAUUUGUUUCUUUUUUAUAUGUGACACAUAGCUCUUAAUUAGAAUCAUCUUGUUUUCCUGUUUUGCAUCUAUAUGUUCCCAGUUAAUUGAUGUUGACACGGUAGUUUUAAAAAUACCUUAAUUGUUCUGCAUACAUCUAGUCUAAAAAUUUUAUAAUUUAUCUUAAACCGAGACUCUUAACAAAUAUGAGACGAUUUUAGAAUUUUAAAAAUACCUGCACGUCUACCAUUUAAA